UGAGAAAGAUGCUGCAGGCCAGGAUGGGGUGUCAGAGAAAACGUUGACAUCACUUGUUAGAAGAGCAAAUCUGAAAGAAAAUAAACAAAUUCCAAAAUAUGAAAAGGUUCACAAUUUCAAGGUCCAUACAUUCCGAGGGCCACACUGGUGUGAAUACUGUGCCAACUUCAUGUGGGGGUCUCACCGCUCAGGAAGUGAAAUGUGCAGACUGUGGUUUGAAUGUUCAUAAGCAGUGUUCCAAGAUGAUCCCCAAUGACUGCAAGCCAGACUUGAAGCAUGUGAAGAACGUGUACAGCUACGACCUCACGACACUCAUGAAAGCGCACAUCACUAAGCGGCCCAUGGUGGUGGACAUAUGCGUCAGGGAGAUUGAGUCUAGAGGUCUUAAUUCUGAAGGACUAUACCGAGUAUCAGGAUUCAGUGACCUAACUGAAGAUGUCAAGACGGCCUUUGAUGGAGAUGGUGAGAAAGCAGAUAUUUCUGUGAACAUGUAUGAAGAUAUCAACAUUAUCACUGGUGCGCUUAAGCUGUACUUCAGGGAUCUGUCAAUUCCACUCACUACAUAUGAGGCCUACCCUAAGUUCAUCGAGUCUGCCAAAAUUAUGGAUCCUGAUGAGCAAUUGGAAACCCUUCAUGAAGUGCUGAAACUACUGCCGCCUGCUCACUGCGAGACCCUGCUGUACCUCAUGGCGCAUCUAAAGAGAGUGACUCUCCACGAAAAGGAGAAUCUCAUGAAUGCAGAGAACCUUGGAAUCGUCUUCGGUCCGACCCUCAUGAGGUCCCCAGAACAAGACGUGAUGGCUGCUUUGAAUGAUAUACGAUAUCAGAGACUGGUGGUGGAGCUGCUUAUCAAAAAUGAACACAUUUUAUUUUAAUUUGAGGGGGAAAGAAAUGUUUUACAGAUGAAGGAUGUUUUAUAGUAAUUUAAUUGGCUCCAUUAGCUGAAUUAUCUCUUGGUUAGAGGUUUGAGCAAGUAACAGAUGAAAAUGAAGGAACUUUCUGUCUUUUCUGUAGCACCACU